AUGGCAUAUCCAACUUAUGUACGCUCAUACCUACCUAUAAAUAGCCUUCCAUUUUAUGAUGAUGACUCACACACAAAUUUGGUGCUGGAAAUGAGAUAUAUAGAUGUGCUGUUGAGGAAUGAGAGGGCAAAACUCCUUUUUGGCAAGAGAAGUAGAGGGAUUGAAAAUGCAUGCUUCUGCUAUUUUCUAUCUUCUGCUGAUUAG